AUGAUUCUACAUGCAUUUGUCUCGUCACGGGGAUUUCUCCGCGCUCGUACCAAGGAGCAGAAAGCCAAGCGACGUCACGCGUAUGACACAGUGGUGGCAAAAACCUUUGUCAAGCAGCUGGAAAAAGCGAUCAAGCUGCUGGAAGUCAUCUCCAAGUUCGAAAAGCGUUUGAGAAGAACGCCAAGCCUCCAUCCGACGUUUACCACAUGUUCCUCACUCUACCAGAAGAGUAUUGCAAGCUGGAGAUGCCGAUCUCCGAAGAUUCAACAGAUUCUCGACAAACGCUUCAACUUCAUUUACGGGUACGCGCACGGUGUGGGGUACGUGUUGGAUCCUCGCUACCUUGGAAAGGGUAUGGAUGAUGAAACGCGGGGAAGUGUCAAAUACUUCGUCGGAAUGUGA